CGUACUCUCGAAAACCACAGAUUGCACCGCAACAGCUCUCUGUCAGCGAGAGGCGGCUCUUGUGCCGCUACAGCUUUAGGAAAGCCAUCAGUGGAAUUGGUAAAGUGUUGAUCGAAGGGAACCAGUGCAUUGCUGCCAUGGUUUCCAGUCAUCUGAGCCCAUGGACAAAACCAGCAACUAUUGGAUCCUUCAGCCCACAUGUGACAGAGUUUCCAAGGAAACGAAAAGGGAGUGAUUCAGACCCAUCCCAAGAAGCGCAUAGCCAAACCGAAAAGCGCAGGAGAGAUAAAAUGAACAACCUGAUUGAAAAACUGUCCACGAUGAUCCCUCAGUGCAAUCCCAUGGCACGGAAACUGGACAAACUGACAGUUUUAAGAAUGGCUGUUGAACACUUGAGAUCUUUAAAAGGUAUGACAAGUUCUUAUGCAGGAAAUAAUUACAGACCUUCAUUCAUUCAGGAUAAUGAGCUCAGACACUUAAUUCUUAAGACUGCAGAAGGCUUCCUAUUUGUGGUUGGAUGUGAAAGAGGAAAAAUUCUCUUCAUUUCUAAAUCAGUCUCCAAAAUACUUAAUUAUGAUCAGGCUAGUUUGACUGGACAAAGCUUAUUUGACUUCUUACAUCCAAAAGAUGUUGCUGAAGUAAAGGAACAACUUUCUUCCUCUGAUAUUUCACCAAGAGAGAAGCUAAUAGAUGCCGAAACUGGUUUGCAAGCUCACAGUAAUUUCCACACCGCAAGGAGUUGUGUGUAUUCUGGCUCAAGACGAUCCUUUUUCUGUCGAAUCAAGAGCUGUAAAAUCUCUGUUAAAGAAGAGCACGAAUGCUUACUCAACUCAAAGAAGAAAGAUCAUAGAAAAUUCUGUACUAUCCACUGCACUGGUUACUUGAGAAACUGGCCUCCAAAUAUUGUUGGAAUGGAAGAAGAAAUGGACAAUAAGAAAGACAGUAGUAAUUUUACCUGCCUUGUUGCCAUUGGAAGAUUACAUCCAUAUAUUGUCCCACAGAACAGUGGAGAGAUUAAAGUGAAACCAACUGAAUUUAUUACCCGUUUUGCAGUGAAUGGACAAUUUGUCUAUGUUGAUCAAAGGGCAACAGCAAUUUUAGGAUAUCUGCCUCAGGAACUUUUGGGAACUUCUUGUUAUGAAUAUUUUCAUCAAGAUGACCAUAGUAAUUUGACUGACAAGCACAAAGCAGUUCUGCAGAGUAAAGAGAAAAUAUUUACAGAUUCAUACAAAUUCAGAGCAAAAGAUGGCUCUUUCGUAACUUUAAAAAGCCAGUGGUUUAGUUUCACAAAUCCUUGGACCAAAGAACUGGAAUAUAUUGUGUCUGUCAACACUUUAGUUUUGGGACAUAGUGAUACUGGAGAAACAUCAUUACUUCCUUGCAGCUCUCAAUCAUCAGAAGGAUCCUCAAGACAGUCUUGCAUUAGUGUGCCUGGAAUGUAUACGGGAACGGUACUUGGUGCUGGUAGUAUCGGAACAGAUAUUGCAAGUGAACUUCUGGACUUACAAAGGUUACAGUCUUCUUCAUCCCUUGAUGAUUCAAGUCCAACAGAUUUAUUGAAAGAUACUCACACUAUAAACUGCAGGAAUAUGUUAAAUAAGGAGCUGACUACACCAAGUCCUUCUGAAAUAGGGGAGCUACAGGCUACAAAGCAAAACCAAAGUGCUGUUGCUCCCCACAGGCACGAACCACUCCUUGGAGAAGGUGCCCAGCUGGAUUUUGAUGCCCUCUGUGACAAUGACGACACAGCCGUGGCUGCCUUCAUGAAUUACUUAGAAGCAGAGGGGGGGCUGGGAGACCCUGGGGACUUCAGUGACAUCCACUGGGCACUCUAGCAUUUGAUUUUUAACUCAACAUGAGAAAUAUUUUGAAGCAUUUCGCUUACAAAAAACUAUAUAUUCUUCUGUACUGUACUGAUAACUGUUUUUAUCUUUUAUUCCUAUUAAUGGUUGACCAGUUUUUAUAGAUUUGCUCCUGACUUUCACAGGGGUACAGGGAAAUGUGAUGUUUCCCUUCAAAUUCUCAAAAUUUUUAUAGACCACUUUACUCACUGACAUAGCUUAAAACCCACUAGUUGCUAUAUUUUUGCUAAAGUCUUUCUAACCAAGAAUACCACAUGUAUCUUGUUUGGGUUUUGUUUUUAUUUUUUGAUGCACUUGUUUUGAGUUUGGGGAAUUUAAUGUGUUGACAUCUUC